AUGGAGCGAACCAUUCCCAGCCAGCCUUCCUCGCCCUCUCCCGCUGCCUCCCUCUUCCUCUCCUUCUCCUCUUGUCUCCCCCCCUUGUCUGCAAAGUCCUCCGCUGCUCGGAACUUGUUGGCAAUGUCUAUUUUUCAGCUUUCCCCCACGUUCUCCAAAGUAACUAUUUAAAGAUCUGCAGCCGCAAAUGGUUUUACUAAAUGUAGGAUGGGACUUAAGUUGAACGGCAGUUAUAUUUCUCUGAUCCUUGCUGUACAGAUAGCGUACCUGGCGCAGGCGGUGAGAGCGGCGGGGCGGUGCGAUGCGGUCUUUAGGGGCUUCUCGGAUUGUUUGCUGCGGCUGGGCGAUAACAUGGCCAACUACCCGCAGGACCUGGACGACAAGAGAAAUCUGCAAACGAUCUGCGCGUACUGGGAUGAUUUCCACGCCUGCACCCUCACAGCGCUCACCGAUUGCCAGGAAGGAGCGACAGACCUCUGGGAGAAAUUGAGACGGGAAUCCAAAAACCUCGAUUUCCAAGGCAGCUUAUUCGAACUGUGCGGAGGCGGCAGCGGCGCGGCGCCGUCCCUGCUGCGGCCGGCCCUGCCCCUGCUGCUGGCGGCUCUGUGGGCCGCCCUAGUGACCUGGCUGCCUUUCUAGGGGCGAGGAGCACACUCACACCCACACCCUCUCCAUGUGCUGGAUCUAUAGAGGAAGUGUCCAUCCGUUGCUUUGGGGACGUUGUGCUUUUCUGUGGUUGAUGAUGAUGAUGAUGAUGGUGGUGGUGGUGGCUGAUGAUGGUGAAACACCCAUGUAGGACUGUGGAAGCGUUCUCCCUUUUUUUUUUUUUUUUUCCUCUUUUUUUUUUUUUUUUUUUUUUUUUUCCGUGUUUUAUUUGCCAAAUCUUACCAAACAGGCAGCGGCGCGCAGCCCAAAUCGGACCUCAGCUUUACUAUCGCUUCGAAUCAAAAAUAGAGAAAAAAAAUAUAAAGAAACUAACUCGAGCCCUCGUUGUGCAAACGCAAUCUCAGGAACGGCUCUGGGCCACCCACUGCUAAGGCUGUAGCCGGCCGGGCACCUCCCGGCGAGCCACGGGCUCCGCUAAAAAUGCGGCAGUGUGCGAGGCGAGAACAAAAACCGCAGACAGGAAAAGGCACUGGCGAGAAAUCCAAGCUGAUAUGAAGAAAAGAUGGAAACAGCCUCCUGAAGGUCAAGGUGAGACUGACCAACACCCGAUUGCUGGUACUCACCAGCAGUAAUAAAUCCCUGAUCACAGGUGCUGGAAGUCUCUUCAGAGAAACAACAUUGCUGCAGGGGACCAGCAACUAGUCCUGACCUUCUUUACACAGCCAUUCUCUGGGAAAUGUAUCCCCUGAAGUCAAUGUGGAUUCUGCCUAGCUUUCAUCAGAAGAAAAACGCCUGGAUUGAAAUGACAGCAACAAAUAAUAGGUGCUGGUGAUUUGCACUCUCUCCACCCAAAUCAGAUAUCUGACACAUCAAUACUUAGAAGGCUUAGGAGAAGAAGAAAACAUCAAUAUUUCACUGAACACAAAAAGUUGCACAACUCCCCAGUUUUUAUUUUAAUGUCAGCUGUGGUUAGUGGGUCAUAUUUCUUUUUUUCUGUAAGACGAGUGAUUUCCACUUCUCUUUGAAUCCCACCUGUGCAAACAGCUUGUUUUUCUCCCUAGCAAGUGUUAACAAGGAACUGUGAGGGUUUUGUUCAGGCUCAGUAGUCAGGCAGUCCUGGGGCGUCUGACUUCUAGGAAAAGCCACAGCAGGAACAAAUGAGAGCCAGCCCACGCACCAGGCACAGCUCACAGCUUUUGCUGGUCCUCAGCUCUGUGUUCCAGCUCACACUCGUGGUAAAUGGAUCUCUGUUAGCAACUGCAAUGCCGACCAGCGCCGGGAGCACAGAUCUGGACGAGCUGGGUGCUUCAUCAUGGAGCUGCCCUUAGAAACCAUGGCCCAUUAUGAGGCAGCUUCACCCUCCUGAGCAGAGCCCACAGCAAUUCAGGACUUGCUCUGCUCACUUUAGUCAGUGCAAUUUCAUCCUUUGUGUGAGCCAGAUCAUGCAAAUGGGGGCACCGGAGUCACAGGGAAGUCGAGUUCCACGCGAGGAGUGGCAUGAGAAGGAGCAGCAAUUAGCUCGGAUUUCACUCUACCAGCCUGUCAUUUCUGCACUCUCCCCUGCUGCUCUGCAACUGGAAGCCUUGUGCUCUAGAAGAAGGGGAGAAGAACAUUUUGCUCAUGCUCAUAUUAAUCAAGUCAUCGUGUGAGCUGCUGAGUCUGUGAAAUUGUAUCUCCCAUGGAGUUCGGUGGUAAUGACUGUCUUCGAUGUGGACUCUCUGGUGUCUAAUAAUACAGAAAUAUUUCUGCAGUGGAUGCACUCCCAGCAUUUCUUCUCCUCUGCCUGCCUACUUCUACAGCACUUGUAGGCAGCUCAAACCUUUGAGACUUCUAUCCCCCGUCAAGUUUGAUCAAACUCAGUUCACAGGCUCAAAAAUUAUUUAGGAGGGACCGACUGGCGCUUGCACAGACAGUGUGAUCUCAUAGGCUUCCUUUCCUUGGGAAACUAGGCUACCAACCUAGCAACGGGGUGAAAAAAUAAGCCAUCCUGCUAGCAAAGAGGACCUAAACACCAGGAGGAAAGAGGGGAGGUGGGAGAGGAAAGUGAAGGUGUUUUGAAGGGAAAAAUAUUGCUGCCUUGUGGCUGCAGAGCUCUCAGACACUUAAAGGGCCAGCCUUGGGGAGACAUGCCAGAGAAAUUAUUCUCCAGGAGAUGGAAAGUUCUCUCAUGAAAAUUGGUGAGGGAAAGAAAUGACCUGGAUUCAUCUCACCACCUGGCAUGCUGAAUGGAUAUUCUAUGGUCAGGAUUGUCUCUGGUGACACUUGUUCCUCCCUGUGGACUAGAGGAAGACACAGACACAAUUAGCAUGCAACCUGUAUGCCUGCAGCAUCUAAAGCGAGGUGUGUCCUGUCCCAAAGGGAAUUCUCUUCUUCCCACUCUCUCCUUCAGACCAAAGUUUUCCAUGGUGCUGCUGCAGGGUUUGUUACUUCAUGUACUACAUUUGUAUUUUAGAAAAGCUGCUGUGUGUCUUAAUAGCUGCAGAUGUAUGCAUGGUUUUACUGGGCAUUUAUUAUCACUUAUCCUCUUUGCACUGAAACCUUUCCUGUCCUUGUAUCUUAUGGAAUAAAAUUCUUUAAGUGAGCUUUAA